AUGAUGAUGACGGAGAACCAAAAUUCACUCGUUUAUGAAAUAGAUGAAAAGGGAGAAAGGGUUUUGGUGAGGUCGAUAGAAUCGUCCUCUAGAGCUUUUCUGCGGUUUUUCAACAAGACUUCUCGUCCUGUUGAUGUCUGGUGGCGAGAUUACAACGGGGCGAAGCGACACUACGUACGUUUGGAGCCAGGCGCCAACUAUAAUAUCAAUUCGUUUGUGACGCACCCUUGGGAGUUCACAGACGUGUCUACUAAGGAGCGAUAUGUGAUCAACAAUAACCCUAUCUAUCGCCCGCCGAGGAAUAUCGGAGGUAUGAUGUACAGAACCAAUUGGAACAUCACCGUGGGAGUCAGGACUCUUCGCCACACAGUAUUACUGGUGCUGGCAACGAAUCUUAACGAUACUAACGCUGUGAACUCUCUCGGUCUGCCGAGAGUGUUGGCCGAGGAGCUGAAACAUCUCAUCUCACUCAUCCACCGACCUCCGACACCUCCGCAGAGGGAUUGA